GGCGUUUUGUUCAGUAGCUUUUAGAGAGAAUCGAUAGGUAUCAGGAACCUGUGAGAGGCCAUUCAUUCAAGACAUAUUUCAAACUUUACUCGCGCACACACUAUCAAACUCUCUCUCUAUAAUGUCUCUCACACACUAUCAAAGCUUUCACACUACCAAACUAUCUUGAUAUUACUUGAUAUCUCGUGUGUGUGAACACUUUGAUAGUGUGUGCGUGAGUAAGUUUGAAAUAUGUCUUGAAUGGCCUCUCACUGUCAGACAUUAAAAUCUAUUUUUAUUAAAGCGGCAAUAUUUGACCGCCCGAACUGACUUUUUGAGGUAUUUUUACUUUUAGUUUAUUUUACUUUGUACGUCAAAUACUUUUAACAAUUCUUGCUUGAAUGAAAUACAAAAGUAGCUGUAAACAAGUAUCAUAACAAAACAAAAUUGGUUUUAAAAAUGGGUGGUACGUUAUGAAAUACGCGUUUAAGUAAGAGUUUUUCAGUGUUUAAUACAAAAUGAUGAAUACCCAAAAUUCUUGAAAUUAUUCUCCUUUUUUCUUACAUUAAAUUUCUCAAAAUAAAAAAACAGCAUUUUUGUCCUGAAUUAUCACACUCAAUCAUUUUUUUUGCGGAUUCUCCACCAAUUUCCUAACGUCAUUUCGCGCGCCGCUCGAAGCUUGCGUAAAGUUGCGUCGUUCAUAGAAGAAUUUACGUAAAACACGUACUAUUUUCCAGAGCAACGAUAGGGGCGGUAAUGUAACAACAGCAGAUGAGAAGUACUGCGCUAUCCUUAACUUUCCGCUAGGAGGUAGUGAUGGGAAGUCAAGUCCGAUUCAUUUCCGAGAAUCGGUUCUUUUGAACAGUUCAUUUCCAAGAACGAAUUCAGGGAUUCUUUUACAUCAUGACGAAAUCACGUCACCACGUGGUCCCUGACAUCCCGGCGUGGCAUGUUGCGUUUUAUAACAUUACAAUAAAGCAGCCAGAUGUAAAUACACAGCUGUUUAUUAGACUUUUUUUUAGAUUUUUAUCGCAGCUCAGUCAGUUUGCAACAGUGAAUAGAAUAGACAUAAAAUUUGCUGAACAUUUAUUUACAUUUCACCAUCAUAAACAUAUUUCCAGUACGUUUUAUUUGUCAAUAUUUCUGUUAUUCGGUUACUAAGUAACUUACAAUGACUUUAGUCAAAUCUUCUACUAUCAAUUGACUCGAAAACGACUCUGACCAGUCCGAUUCGUGGACGAGUCUUUCAAAAGAACCGACUCACAGGAAUGAUUUGUUCACGAAUCUCACAUCGCUAGCAGGACAGGAGGCAUCCAGAGGGACUGUAGUAGUCGAAAGGGAACCUCUUCAUCAGGAAUACUGUGUUUAUUUUUUAUUUUUAGGGCUCAAAAAAAAGCUAGCGACAACCGUCCGAUCAUUUGGAAGAGAGACGCCUGAAUUAUUUGUGUUUUAUCGGAUCUAGAUCGCUAUUCAAGGACUGAUGCGGUCAUGGCAAGUCUCGGUGUCAGCUUUAUCGACACACGCCAGCAACAUCUGAAGGAUAUAAAGUGAAAGAUAAAUUAUAAUUGAUGCUUUAAACGGCAUAUUUAAUGGUUGAAGAACGGAUAUCUUCAUCUCCAAUCAGCUGACCACAUCUGAAUUCCUUGCAUUAGAAGAGCUACACUGGAGUUUUCCUUCAUUUUCGUGAACAGAAGCUUAUUUGGGACCCGGAUAUUUACUGUUGUGUUGAAGGAGGCUAUAAGGAUCGUAGCGGGAUCUUGGAGAUGUCCGGCCGGCCUAGGACCACCUCAUUUGCGGAGAGCUGCAAGCCAGUGCCGCAGCCUUCAGCCUUUGGCAACAUGAAAGUCAGCAGAGAUAAAGAUGGCAGUAAAGUUACAACGGUGGCCGCAACCCCUGGUCAGGGUCCCGACCGACCUCAGGAGGUCAGCUACACGGACACAAAGGUCAUCGGGAAUGGCUCGUUUGGGGUCGUAUAUCAAGCGAAGCUUUGCGACACCGGUGAGCUGGUGGCCAUAAAGAAGGUUCUGCAGGAUAAAAGGUUUAAGAAUCGUGAGUUACAGAUCAUGAGGAAGUUGGAUCACUGUAACAUCGUACGUCUGCGGUACUUUUUCUACUCCAGUGGAGACAAAAAGGAUGAGGUUUAUCUGAAUUUGGUGAUGGACUACGUGCCUGAAAACGUGUACCGAGUGGCCAGACAGUACAGCAGAGCCAAGCAGAAUCUGCCCAUGGUCUAUGUGAAGCUAUAUAUGUACCAGUUGUUCCGCAGCUUGGCGUACAUCCACUCGUAUGGGAUCUGCCAUCGAGAUAUCAAGCCGCAGAACCUCCUGCUCGAUCCAGAGACAGCUGUACUCAAACUCUGUGACUUUGGAAGUGCAAAGCAGCUGGUGCGUGGUGAGCCUAAUGUUUCCUACAUCUGCUCGCGGUACUACAGAGCCCCUGAGCUCAUUUUCGGAGCCACAGACUACACUUCCAGCAUAGACAUUUGGUCGGCUGGUUGCGUACUGGCUGAGCUGCUUCUUGGACAGCCGAUUUUUCCAGGCGACAGCGGCGUCGAUCAGCUCGUUGAAAUUAUCAAGGUGCUGGGAACUCCUACACGAGAGCAGAUUCGAGAGAUGAACCCAAAUUACACCGAAUUCAAGUUUCCACAGAUAAAGGCCCACCCGUGGACUAAGGUUUUCCGGCCUCGGACCCCUCCGGAGGCAAUAGCCUUGUGUUCCCGAUUGCUGGAGUACACGCCUACGGCCCGACUCACUCCUCUCGAGGCCUGUGCUCACACUUUCUUUGACGAGCUCCGUGAGCCCAUCCUCAAGCUCCCGAAUGGAAGAGAGCGGCCUGUGCUGUUUAAUUUCACUACACAGGAGUUGUCCAGUAACCCCUCGCUGGCCUCUGUACUCAUCCCUGCACAUGCUCAGAACCAGGUGGAAAACUCCGCCCAGUCUGCCUCGGCUGCAACAGGUGCCAUCAGUGGUCCGAACGCCAACGCUGCCUCUGCCGCCCCUAAUCCUUCAACUUGAACCCCAUCCAUCUAUCAAUGGGCCAACGCUGCUGCUUAUUAGCCACGCCCAAUCCUGGGAAUCAUGGGCGUGGCUAAAACGAAACGAAAAGCUCAUGAUAUGAUGGAUGCGCCAACCAAAUCUUCCCCCAGCCAUUGUCUUUGUUUUUAUUGUUAGUGUUUUAAUUUAUUUGCUCUAAAGGACAUAACGAGGGCUCAAAAACACACCUCAGGACUGUCUGCGGUGCUGUUUGAAAAUACUCUCUCUCUCUCUCUGUCUCUAUACAUAUAUAUAUAUAUUCACACACUAAUAUAUAUUACACUACAAAUGCAUUUUCACAUGUCUACUUUGACAUUUUUAAAGGGAAAUCUGUAUGCUGUAGCCACUGCUUCUUUUAUAAUCGUCUCGGGCCCCUUCCUGGUCACCUUUGGGUAGAGACAAAGACUUUGACUAUGGUCUGACACAGACACUGCAGGUGGUUUCUGAUUGGCUCAAUAUGACCGAACCGGUUCAGAGCCAUGGACUGAUUUCCAGGGCUUGUGUACAUUCUGUAGACUAUGUGAAAUAUAUGCUAAUGACUUUUGCCUUUUCCCUCAGUAUUGGGCGGAUAUGUUGUAUGCUUAAGCUGUAUGCUGCUGUGUACCUCUUUCUUUUUGACCACUUUCGAAGGAGUGACAUUAUCCAUUCGUUUUCUGCUCGUCUUCCUCCUUCCUGUUGUAUAGUACUUCACUGAACUCUAAAGAUGUUGACACACACAUAAUAUCGGAUCAUUUUCUGUGAGCGAGAGUGUGUGUGUGUGUGUGUGUGUGUGUGAGUGCAUGUUGUGCGUCUUAUGUCUAUAAAUACUGUAUGCUGAUUCUUGAACUGUUAGUGAGCUAAAAGAAACAAAAGCACGAAUCUGAUAAUCAGGACUUUAAUACUGAACAUGUGAACAGGUUUCUGCACCACAAAUCCCAGCCGAAAGAAAGAUGUCGUGAUUUGGUGCUCGAAAUCAUCUCUUCUGUGUCGUUUGUGUUAGAAUUUAGCGGGAAUAAGUGGCUGAAAACAGUGUGAAACCUUGAACCAUCUGGACUGCUCCAUCAGGAAACUAACACUAAUGAUGAGGCGGAAGAAAAUAAGAUCUCCACAGUACCUUUGCCUCCGUUUCUUGUUGUUUUUCUUCCUUGCGUCCUCUUUAGUGUCCCCUAGUGUUAGUGGAAGUGUACCACUGAGGCUGUUGUGUGUAGUUCCUCUAAAUACGUUGUUGAAUCUGCACAGAAGAGUCACUUCAGGCUGUUUAUGUACCUCCCAAAAGUGCUGUUGAAAGAAUAUCCAUCUGUUCUGCUGCCCGCUUAAAAUGACAGUUCACCCAAAUACGAAAAUCAUUUGUUGAUUUUGUUUACUCACUCAUUUUUCGCCAAAUAAGGAAAAUAUAAUGCUUUUGUAAAUGAUAAUUAUGACACAAAAAGUCAAAACUAUGAAAUGAAAAGUUGAAAUUAUAACUUAAUGUCGAAAUUGACAUGACAUUAAAAGUCAUAAUUAAACACAGAAAGUCAAUUUCGACUUUAUCACAAUUUUGACUCUCAUAAUUGACAUGUCAAUUUCCACUUUUUAAAUCUUAAAAUUAAGACUUUAAGUCAUAAUUUCGACUUGGUAGGUCAAUUUCAACUUUAUAUUAUAAAUAUGCCUUAGCAUGUAAUAAUUUGAUCUUUUUAUGUCAUAAAUAUGAUUUACAAGUUUGUUUGUUUUUUAGAUGGCGGAAAUGGGCGUUCAUACUUUCAUGCUUUCAUUUUUUCUUCCAUAGACCCCAAAAGGAAAUGCUCUGUUCACACUGAUCUUUUCUAUGCAAUGAAAGUGAAUGGUGAGUCGACCAAGGGCUGUCAAGCUACAAAAAAUGUAUCAGAUCAAUAAUCCAUAUGAUUUGAGCACAAUAUUCAAAGUUUGAAGUCAUACAAUUGUUUUAUGUGAGGACAUUUUUAAGUUGUCAACCACUAAUAAUUCCUUUCUGCUAUAUAUCUCAAGGAUCGUGUUCAAUCUGAAUAUGCACAUAAAUGUGUUAUUUUCACACUUUUAAGGUGUUUUUGUAAUUUUUGGAGCUUGAAGGAUCUUUAUCUCCAUCCACUUUCAUUGUAUGGACACGAUUCAGCAUCUCACAAAAGUGAUUAUUAUUAUUUUGUUGUUAUUUUAUUAGAACAAUAUGAAGGUGAGUAAAUGAUGACAUAAUUUUAGUUUUUGGGUGAACUGUCCCUUUAACUGUAUCAGUACAUCCUGUAAACUUUUAUUGUUCGUUUGAACUGGUUUUUAAUUGUCAACUAUUAGGAAAAAUAUGAAGGUGCUCCAUCACUCAAAUUAUGUAUUAAAACAAUCAUUUGUUUAAAUAAUGUAUGCUUGGCAAAGGGAAAUUGAAUUAAAUUUCAUCUGCUGAGCUCUUGUUCAGGUCUGUUCACUCUCACAGCAGGGAAAAUAGAUGUUUUUCAUUUUCUUUUUUUUUUUUUAUACUUUUAACUUAAACUUUCAGAAGGACUUUUUGUUGCAGGAAUUUCUUAUACUUAAUUGUGAUGGAAAAUCUUACAGUUUUUUUUUAAUGAUUUCUCUUUUUUAUGAUUAUGAAUGAUGUGUGGAAAUAUCAUUCUACAGUAUUAACUCAUUAUUUGCAAUAAUAUAUUUUUGAUUUGUGUUUAGGGUCUUGUAAAAUACUUUCAGCAGCACUUAAAGAGAUUGAUGUCAUGUAGCACUACGACCUUUUUAAGCUUUAUUCGAAUAUGUUUUUAAGCCUAAUCUGUUUUUCAUCCUUGCGUAUUUAGCCAGUGCUGUUAACAGUCACGUUGCUUCGAGGAUUUCCUCAGCAUUUAAAGAAACACUCAUUACCUUUCUCAACGACGAAAUGAGAUGAAAAGUGAACAAACGUGAACUGUUAGUAGCCAUAAGAGUCAAUCAACAGCCACCAAACACCUGAAACAGCUUUUGUUUUGGGUUUUUGAUUUGUUUUGUUCUGUUUGGUUUUGUUUUGUUAUGGGUUUUGUUUGGUCCUGUUCUGUUUUGUUUUCGUUUUUCUUCUCCCAUCCCAGUAUGCUGAACAUCUCUUGUUCAUACUGAUGUGCGUUCUGUCCCUUGUGUGUUCUGGUUCAGAGAAGUCACCUGAUACUGUACUGCAUUGAAUAAAGUGUAUUACCCUCACUCCA